AUGACCAAUCAGUUGAACUCUCAUCCAAGCUUCAUGUGGUGGGCUCGGGAUGAUGCCAAAUUUAGUGAACCUCCAUCAAGAACACCAUCUUUAAUUGGUAUCGAACGUAUUCCUCCAACAAGAAGACCGUCUCCAGUUGGUAGUGAACAUGUUCCUCCGACAACAAGAGAGUCAUCAGUUGAUAGUGAACAUAUUUCUGUGAUAAGCAGACCGUCUUCAGUUGGCAGUAACCAUAUUUCUGUGGUAGGAGACAGUGUGAUAACAUUGCCAACUCAAGGCACCGUGACACCAGCUACAACAAGGGCUAAUACGCCUGUAUUCUCAGGCGGGGCAUCACCAGAAAUAAGACGUAAGAUUGCGAAUGCAUCACCUGAGACAGCUAGGCAUGUCGCACUGAGAAUGUAUGAGAGUAUGAAGAGGCAUGGAUUGAGAGAAGAGGCUGGCAAGGUUGUUGGUAAGGAGGAAAACGAGAUCGAGGAAAUAAAAGAGGGGGGAGUUGAUAGGGUUAGGAGGAAGAGUGAAGACCUUAUGGGAAUGGAUUAUUUGUUGAGAGAUGGCUUUGUUAGUUAUCUUCGUGAUAUGGCAAAGAUUACACCCCCUAUCCCCCAACAGGCAGUCCGGUUUUCCAAUAUAAAGUUGACAAGGAAGUUUCGGGUUUCCGAUGGCACAUACGAAACAUUUGGAAAUAAGGUGGUGGCAUGCUUUGUUGGACCCAUAAAGACUCUUCUGCAAGAACAGGAUUCAACAUGGUUGCAGGUUCUGAAGGGCGUGGAUGGGUAUAUUAUGCCUGGCUCAAUGACCCUUUUACUUGGUCCACCAGGAAGUGGAAAGAGCAGUCUACUUGAAGUCAUAGCAGGGAGAGUAAAAGUGACUAAGAACUUGAUCUUGGAAGGAGCAGUGAUGUACAAUGAUAAAUAUGCCUCUGAGAUUUCUCUGAGCAGACUUAUUGCAUACAUAAAUGGCCAGCUUAACAAGCACAUUCCAUUUCUUUCAGUUAGGGAGACACUCGAGUUUGCAAGGGACUGUACUCAGGGCAUUCGGCCAGAGAACUUUACUCCUAAGAUGAGAAAAUUCUUUGCACAUGCACUUGUGGAAAGGCAGGAUCCUGUACUAGAGUAUGUGCUUGAAAUUCUAAGCUUGAAGGAAAUACAACACAAACUAGCAGGAGAAGAAAUUUCUGACACUGACCGCCAAAAGCUCACAACAGCCGAGUUAGCUCUUGGAACAUAUUCUGUCAUGCUUUACGAUCAACCAUUUUCAGGUUCUGAUUUAGCGGCUACAUAUGAUCUAGUGGACACCAUAAGAACCAUAAGCAGGAUUCAGCAAUCUUCUGCAAUCAUGUCACUCACCCAACUUUCACAGGAGGUGUUUGAUCUUUUUGAUAGGAUCAUAUUACUUGGUGAUGGGCAUGUCCUGUUCCAAGGUCCUCGUCAAGAUGCUAUCCCUUACUUUUCCAACCUUGGGUACACUAAGCCCUCCCAUGUUGAGUCCAAUGAGUUUCUCGAAGAUAUUGCAGCUGGAAAUGGUUACCAGUAUCAGGAACAAGGAACAAGACCAUUUACGCUAGAUGAACUUGUGGCGUGCUAUAAGAUUUCAGAUCACUACAACGAUAUAAUAAGAAUUGUUGAUGAAGUUGACGUGAAGUAUACCUAUUGGGUAGAAAGUGAGCCUGGACUAGGAUUGUCCCUUAAGAGACCAUCCAAACACCACCUCUCAGCUCAUGCCCAGUCAAGUCGAGAAACAGAAUUAGUAGUUGCCAAGCUCUCCAGAAAGGUAGGACAUUCAGGGGGGAUAGAGAGUACAGGAAGAGUACAGAUUGGAGAUGUAGUCACAGGAAUAUCUUUGAACAAAGAAGAAAUGCAAUACCUUUCUGUUGUGCCCCAAAGAAUCCAACACGAACGCGCCUCACAUGUAUACUCUAUGUUGAAGCAGGCAAAAGGUUGCAUUCGUCUCCAGGUGGAGCGUUACAAAGAAAAGGAAGAGGAGUACCAAUCCCAAUGGGAGCAGUUUCAAAGGCCUUUUGUUCAAACAUGGUGGAAAUCCACCAAGACUCUCGUCAAAAGGCAAAUCAAGAUCACCAAAAGGCUUCAUGCUUUAAUCAAAUUAAGGCUUCUCCAGGUAGUUCUGCUAGGCAUUUUUGCAGGAACACUAUUCUACAAACUAGGGGGUCAAUACAACCAACAGAAAAUGAACUCAAUAAGGGCUCUUGGGUUUGUAUCCACAAUGAGCAUAAUGCUCAUAAACCUGGUGCAGCUUCCUCUGUACAUGCUCCAAAGGCCAAUCUUUUACAAGCACAAGGCACAGAGGUUCUUCAGAGUUUCAUCGUACAUAGUUGCCAAUUGCAUAGUCAAUCUCCCACAGACCCUCCUAGAAGCAUUGAUAUACACUCUCUUUGCUUAUUUUCUUGCCGGGCUAUCAAUGGCAGGAAAAGGGUCACCAUUAUUUGCAUAUCUGGCCCUCCUAUUCUUAGUGGCAUACUUCGGUUCAUCAGUCUUCUUCUUUCUAAGUACCAUCUCUUCAAUUCCAGAGGUUGGGAAUGCUUUGGCAGGACUUCUAAAGACAUGA